CUACUGUACUGUACUGUACUCUGCUGUACCCAGGUACUCCCCAUGUACCUUGUAUAUCUACCUAUCCCCCAUCUACUCGCCUGCCAGCCUGCUUGCCAGCAUCCCGGAAACCUCAUCCGCAGGCAGCGCACCGUUUGCGAUUUGUCUCAAAUCACAUACCAUUCCAAUUGCCAAGUUGUUUUGUUGCUGCAUGGAAUGUGUGGUCGCAGCAAAGGCGUCAUGACAAGGCAAAGACUCCUGGGCGGUUUCAUUGCAGGCUGCUGGCCCAGUUGACCCAAACACCCACCCGCUUAGCUAAAUCAAUCAAUCCACCGACGUGCGCGUACCCGUUUACACAUACAUGCGUCCCCAAGUACAUACAUAUGUACCUACUCAACACUCGUGGUCGGUUGGUUUCAAAACACCAAAAUAAACCCCAUCAUGACUACUACGUCUGUGAAUGAGGCGUCUGGAUCCUCCCUCCUCCCUCAUCGCUGGCUGCUGUGGCCCUUUGAUUCUCUCUCUUCCCCCAUCCCUGAUGCAUCAUCAUGCGUCCUUCUCACGCGGAAAAAAAAACAUAACGAGCACUGUUUGACGCCAGAACAAAGCCAGGCAAUGGCUUGCGUGACUAACCACCCUAACCACCACCGCCACCACUACUACCACCGACUCUCCACCCGCUCCUCCAUCCGCGCCUGUCGCAUACUUGUCAUCCCCUCGCUCCCCACCAUGGCUGAAUUUGUACGCGCCCAGAUUUUCGGCACGACAUUUGAGAUAACGAGCAGGUACACUGAUCUACAACCCGUGGGCAUGGGCGCGUUUGGUCUCGUAUGCUCGGCAAAAGAUCAACUCACCAGUCAGGCCGUGGCAAUUAAAAAGAUUAUGAAGCCUUUUAGCACCCCCGUCCUCUCCAAGCGUACCUAUCGCGAACUCAAGCUCUUGAAACAUCUGAGGCAUGAGAAUGUCAUCAGUCUGAGCGACAUCUUCAUCUCUCCCCUCGAAGACAUAUACUUCGUCACCGAACUUCUCGGCACUGAUCUCCACCGCCUGCUUACCUCGCGCCCGCUCGAGAAGCAGUUUAUCCAGUACUUCUUGUACCAGAUCCUCCGUGGUUUGAAAUACGUACACUCCGCCGGGGUUGUCCACCGUGACUUGAAGCCUAGCAACAUCUUAGUGAACGAAAAUUGCGAUCUCAAAAUCUGCGACUUCGGAUUGGCGCGUAUACAGGACCCCCAAAUGACGGGCUAUGUCUCUACACGGUACUACCGAGCUCCGGAAAUCAUGCUCACGUGGCAAAAGUAUGAUGUGGAAGUGGAUAUCUGGAGCGCAGGCUGCAUCUUUGCCGAAAUGCUUGAGGGCAAGCCUUUAUUCCCCGGCAAGGACCAUGUCAACCAAUUCUCGAUCAUUACCGAGCUCUUGGGUACCCCCCCGGACGAUGUAAUCCAGACCAUCUGCAGUGAAAACACAUUACGGUUUGUUCAAUCUCUUCCUAAGAGAGAGCGACAGCCGUUGGCAAACAAAUUCAAGAAUGCUGAGCCAGCAGCUAUCGACCUACUGGAAAACAUGCUGGUAUUCGAUCCCAAGAAACGCGUGCGGGCUGAGCAAGCCCUGGCCCAUCCUUAUCUCGCACCCUACCACGAUCCUACCGACGAACCGGUUGCGGAAGAGAAAUUCGAUUGGUCUUUCAAUGAUGCCGACCUGCCAGUAGAUACAUGGAAGAUCAUGAUGUACUCUGAAAUUCUAGACUACCAUAAUGUGGAUGCUGCUGCACAGGGGGAGGAAAAUGGUAGCUAGUCAGGCUUAAGACCGGUUGUAUUUUGGUUAUUCUCAAGAGGUACGCAAGGAGCAAGGCAGAUGAUGUACCUCGCUGGCGCAGGCUGCAUGUGUUUUUUUCACUUAAUCUCGUUGAGAGGCCAAGAGUUGCGGAUAGAGGGCCUUCUCUGCUAGGGUUGGAUUGGGAUAACCGAACGACACCCAUGGGCUCAUUCCCGAGGCAGCGGGGGGGCUGCUGUGUGAAGGCAGUGCGACUGCCGAGAGGACCACGAUGGCACGGAAUGGAACCCUAUAUGAAUUAUCACGUCUUCACUUUUUCCCCACUUCACCUACAUCCGCGCCAAAAACCACUUUGAAUGUUGCUUCCUGCAGUAUUGGAUGCGUAAGGUAGACCACUAUCGAACCGACUGUACGUGUUUGUUCUCUGGGCCCAAGGUCUCGUCGUGUUGAGAUUAUCAAGUGAUUGCCC